GCUCUCCUGUUUUUUGCCGUGGGUGCUCCAGGAGUUUAUUUUGUCACAGCGCAUGAAGCCAUAUGAUGGAUUUGGACGGACGGAAACACGGCCUUCGUCCCCGCUGGUAAAUAAUUCACACGCGGGACUCUUCUUCAUGGCAGAUGAAAGCAUGGCUGUGAAUAAUGGACCAGCCAAACAACAGCAGGCGUCCACAGAGAAAGAUUGGUGGAAGACGCCCCAGCUGGCCUAUUACUUCUCCCUGCUCUGCUUUCUGCUCACCGUCGCCACUCUCUUCCAGACUUUUUACAUGAUGCAGAUCACCUGGCUCUUCCAGUCGCAGUCGGCCCUGCAGGAAGCCGCGGUCAGAGACCUGACGCACAAACUGGAGCGUCUGAACCAGUCACACCGCCGGCUCUUCUCCCAGUACCCCGCCCUGAACCAGUACUGCACCCCCGCCAACUCCACCAGCACCGAGCUGCAGUGCCGGCCCUGCCUCGCCAACUGGACGUCCCAGGGGGAGAGGUGCUACCUGUUCAGCCAGGACAGAGCCGACUGGAUCAGCAGCCAGUACCGCUGCAUGACAGCAGGGGGCACUCUGGUCACGGUCAGGACCGAGGAGGAGCAGAUCUUCCUGUGGAAAAAGGCCCAGAGUCUGAGCCAGGGAGACUCCUACUGGCUCGGCCUGAGGAGCGGCACUCCUGCCGGGGGCUGGCAGUGGAGCGACGGCUCCCCGCUGGACAAAGGACCGCAGUUUUGGCAGCAGGAGCCGGACGAAGGAGACAGCAGGGAGCUCUGCGGCCGACUCUCCCCAGGAGACAGACACCAGGCCGCCUGGGGCUCCUCCUCCUGCUCCUCCCGCCUGAGGAGCAUCUGUGAGAGGAGACAGGCCAGUCUGCAGUGAGGGAGAGGAGGAGAGAGAAGUAGGAGAGAGGAGGAAGAGAAGAGGAGAAGAGGAGA